AUGAAGGGAGUCAUACGAAUUAAGGCGAAAAAAAAAAAAGGGAAAGCGGAGGAGAAUAGUGAAGACAACGUUGAGGUGGACGACGUAAUGGAAGGGAACCCGGCAGAUGCAAAAGAGGAAGAUGAAUCUGCAUACAGGGUGAAAGAGAGCUGGGAUGGCAAGGAAGUCCACGAAGGUGUGGAAGCCAAGGGUACCAAACAAGACCCGCUUAGUUUUGGCCACAAGGACAAAAGGGGGAACGAGGAAAAGUUUAAAAUAAAGAUCGGCGAAUCGGACGAAGAAAUGAGCAGCGUCGUUUUCGCAGGAGACAUAAACGAGUAUAAAAAUGUGGGUGAAGGGAGUCUUAGAGGGAGCGCUUCUGUCGUGAAGAAUGUAAAAAAGCAGGAUAACAUCAGCGAGGGGUACGCCCUGGGGUUGUCACAACGCAGUGACAAGGGCGAAGCGGUUAAUCAGGUGUAUGGCCAAUUUAGGCAGAAUAAACCAAACGGUAGGGCACAUGUGGGGGUAAAAAGCGAAGCAGUGGAUUACGACCCCAUCUCUGUUGACGCCCCUAGGUCUGCCCCCAAUAAAAGGAAAAACACAGAAGAAGACAAUUUCUCUGAACUGGUUGUAAAAAGUAGGGCACAUAACAAAAAGAUAUAUGAAGAAUCAAAGGAUAUAAAAAAUUUAACCGAAAAAUGGAAGCUGCUGCCAGCAUACCUAAAGGUUAAGGGGUUGGUUAAGCAGCACAUCGAAUCAUACAACCAUUUCAUCAAGCAUGAAAUAAAAACAAUUAUGAAUGCAACGACAAAUAAAAUUUUAAAAUCUGAUAUAGACGAGCAUUUCUAUGUGGAGUUCUUAGACAUAUUUGUUGGGAGACCAUUGGUUGAAGAAAAUAUGAUUGAAACAAAUUUGACUCCACAAAUAUGUCGGCAAAGAGACCUAACCUAUUCGGCUCCCAUUUAUGUAGAUGUGGAAUAUGUAAAGGGUAGUAACAUAAUUAGAAAGAACAACGUCGAGAUUGGUCGGCUCCCUGUUAUGUUGAGAAGUGACAUUUGUAUUCUAAAUAACAAGAGUGAAGAGGAACUGAUGAAAUUGGGUGAAUGUCCCUAUGACCCUGGAGGAUAUUUCAUUGUUAAAGGAACCGAAAGGGUUCUUUUGAUGCAAGAGCAGCUGUCGAAAAAUAGAAUCAUUGUUGAGAUGGACAUAAAACAUAAUAUUUGUGCAACCAUCACAUCUACAACAGCUGAGUCGAAGAGUAGAUGUGCCAUCGUUUAUAAGAAUAACAAAUUGUACCUAAAGCACAAUUCCUUCAUUGAGGACAUUGGGGUGUGUAUUAUCCUGAGAGCCAUGGGGUACGAGAGCGACCAGGAAAUAUUUCAAAUGAUAGGAUCUCAUAGAAAUUACCUAAACGGUAUUUUGCUCUCAUUGUACGAGUUGUACAGCGAAAAUAUAAGGACUAAUUUAGAUGCACUUCUUUACAUAGGGAAAAAAAUUAGGCCCAGAUUACUAGCCAAGGGGUUCUUCAGUUCUAUGAAAGAAAAGCAAGUAAAAAGUGAAAAGGAUAUUAUUGAAGAAGGGUUGGAUUUUCUAAGUAGAGUUCUUCUAUCUCACAUUCAGCAGAAGAACAAAUAUGAUUUUAGAAACAAAGCUAGAUGCAUCUGUCUUAUGAUUAGACGGGUUCUAGAUAGCGCAAAUAAUAAAAACGAAUUAGAUGAUAAAGAUUAUUAUGGUAACAAGAGGUUGGAGUUAGCUGGGCAGCUAAUAUCUCUCCUGUUCGAAGAUUUAUACAAACGAUUUUAUUUCACUUUAAAGAAGCAGAUAGAUCAAACGCUCAGCAAAUAUAUGCAAAGUAAUUACACAUCUAAGUUGAAGUACAGUGGAAAUAUAAAUGAAACCUACCCUGAUGUGUUUCGGAGUUUACCAAAGGAUAUCAUUACAAGGGGGAUGCAGGCAGCCAUUUCGACCGGCAACUGGAACAUUAAAAGGUUUAAGAUGGAGAAAAGUGGAGUGUCACAGGUACUAUCCCGUUUAUCUUUCAUUGCCUGCAUCGGGAUGAUGACCAGACUGAAUUCGCAGUUCGAAAAGGGUAGAAAGGUUAGUGGGCCAAGAGCAUUACAACCAUCCCAGUGGGGAGUUCUAUGCCCCUGUGACACUCCAGAAGGGGAAUCCUGUGGACUCGUUAAAAAUUUGGCACUCAUGACACAUGUUACGAAUGAUAAUGAGAAUAAUGAACAUCUAAUCGAAAUAUUAUACACCCUGGGUGUAGAAGACAGUGACAGCUUAACAGGAGAGGAAAUGUACAAGGAGGGAAUUUUUUUUGUAAUUUUUAAUGGAAUACUUCUAGGUGUACACAGGAAGCCACGCAUAUUUAUGAGGAGAAUUAGGUGCUUAAGAAGGUAUGGUAAAAUUGGGCAGUUCGUUUCUAUAUAUGAUAAUUUUUUGCAUAACGCAAUUUACAUUUCGACCGAUGGUGGUAGAUUAUGCAGACCGUUGAUUAUUGUAGAAAAUGGAAAGUCCAAAUUAUCCCAGAAACAUAUUCUAUCGUUAGAAAAUGGAACCAUUAACUUUUUUGAUUUACUUCAAAGUUCCGUCAUCGAGUGGAUUGAUGUGAAUGAACAGAACAAUCUGCUUAUCGCGCUGAACGAGUCAGACAUUUCUGUGAAUACGACACAUUUAGAAAUAGACCCUCUGACAAUAUUAGGUGUGGUAGCUGGACUCAUCCCUUAUCCAAAUCAUAACCAAAGCCCAAGGAACACAUACCAAUGUGCAAUGGGGAAGCAAGCCAUUGGAGCCAUUGGGUAUAAUCAGUUUGUACGCUGUGACACUUUGCUUUAUCUGCUUGUGUACCCUCAGAAACCUUUAGUGAAAUCCAAGACCAUUGAAUUUAUUAACUUUGAAAAAUUACCCGCUGGACAGAAUGCCAUUGUGGCCGUUAUGAGUUUCUGUGGGUAUGACAUUGAAGAUGCGAUCGUCAUGAAUAAAUCCUCCAUCGAUAGGGGCUUUGGACGGUGCAUGUCUUUGAGGAAGCAUGCCGUGGAGUUGAAGAAGUACUUUAAUGGGUCCAAUGAUCUGGUUCUGCCUUCUCCCUUGGCCAUCAGCAAGAUGCAGCAGCGUCAGGAGAAACAACGCCAAGCGCAGCAGGGGAAAAUGCAACCAGAUCAGCUGACCGCACACGGACAACACAUAAAGGUAGAAAGAGAUCACGUUGAAAACGGUGCAGGUGCAAACGUGGAUGAGCCGAAAACUUUUCACAAUAAAGAAAUUAAAAAAUAUCACGCGCUGGAUGUGGACGGAGUAGUCUCCAUUGGGUAUUUGCUGAAAGAAGGACAAGUGUACAUAAAUAAGUACUCACCAAGGAACGUCAAGGAUCACGUAAAGGAUAUUAGUAAAAUCGAUUUAAAUGAUUUAAAGUCAAAUGAGGUUAAGUACAAAAGUGUGUACCCAUCUUAUAUUGACAAAAUUAUUUUUACAGAAAACGCCGAAGGGUUAAAAAUAUACAAAAUUAUUAUGCGCCAAACGAGACUACCCGAAUUGGGGGAUAAAUUUAGCUCAAGGCAUGGUCAGAAGGGAGUCGUGGGCUUGCUAGUGAAUCAGGAAGAUAUGCCAUUUACUGAAUCGGGUAUAUGCCCAGAUUUAAUUAUGAACCCGCAUGGAUUUCCCUCCCGUAUGACAGUGGGGAAGCUACUUGAACUUGUCGCCUCCAAGUCAGCAGUCCUAGAUGGAGAAUUAAAAUACGGGUCCAUUUUUAGUGGCACCCCCUUUGAAGAAAUGGCCUCCAUUUUGUUUAAAUAUGGUUUCAACUGUUCUAGUAAGGAAUUGAUGUACUCAGGAUUAACAGGGGAACCAUUAGAAACGUAUAUCUUCAUGGGACCCAUUUAUUAUCAAAAGCUAAAGCACAUGGUACAGGAUAAAAUCCAUGCUAGGGCUAGAGGACCAAGACAGUUGUUAACUAGGCAACCGACUGAAGGGAGAUCGAAAGAAGGAGGAUUACGCUUAGGUGAAAUGGAAAGAGAUUGCUUAAUAGCAUACGGUGUUAGUAAUUUGUUACUUGAGCGAUUAAUGUUAAGUAGUGAUGUGUGUGAUGUGUACAUUUGUGAAGAUUGUGGCAUGAUGGGUUACGAUACAUACUGCACCUUUUGUCAGAAAUGCGAUAAAAAUGCUCUUGUUAAAAUGCCCUAUGCAUGCAAAUUGCUCUUCCAGGAGCUUCAGACAAUGAAUGUCUUCCCAAAAAUUGUGGUGAAGGAGACGUAA